CUUCAUCGCCGUCCCUCGCCGGUGAUUGUCUCUCGCAGGGCCGGUGAUUGUCUCUCGCAACAUCAUCACCUUCCAGGUAGAAUAAAAUGGCACUUAUGAAAGCUGUGUAUGAUUUGUAUCAAGAUAAUAUCAUCAACACCCAAGAGUAUGCUAUAGCUUGUUUGACUCCUGGACCUGUUGAGCUUGUGUAUGAGCAGGAACAAGUGACGAAUAAUGUGGUUGAACAAGAGGCUUCUGCACUGCUCCCAAAGAAGGAGUUGGCAGCAGAAAAUGCUAACAAGAGGGUGAAGAAAAAAUCAGAUGGGGGAGCAGAAUGCAGUCAGGACGAAGGUCAGCAGCUUGUCCAGAAACAAGAUGUGUUGAACUUGUGUGCUGAAAGGUUGCUUCUUGCAGACGAUGGCCGAAGUCAAUAUUGGUGAUGACAAAGAUCCCCCUAUAGUUUUCGUUACCGAGAUAUCUUUUUUUUUAUUGUUCCCAGGGAUUUUUUGGGGAAUCUGCUCCCAUGCUGCAAACAGUAAAAUCUGAACCUUGUCGCUCUUCUUUCUUUCCUCGCGAGCAGGAAGCACACCAGCAGCGUGCGUUGCGUGAUUCUACUGUGUUUUUUGCACUUGACUGGUUGACCGGAAGAUAACUUAGAUUCGCCCGGCCAGCAGGCGGGCGGCGUGCUUAUCUUGUGUGACAACACUACAGAGCGAGUGGCUCUUCUAGGCGGGCAGCUGUGUGACAACACUACAGAGAAAGCGGCGCUUUCGUGUAACAUGCUAUGGUCUCAACGCCCUUACGAGGUAGUGAU